GUUAAGAGCCGUUCAAAGGGCUGUGAGGACAGGUGGCACUAUCAACGGUGCGGCCCAAGAGUCCUUCUCUCACUCAUCAACCACUAAAACAACCAAAAGUAGUACUACUACUGCCCACGCGUUUCACACCAAAGCGAGUAGUAACGCCGUUUCUCUCUCCUCUUCAUCGCCUUUGUCUACUCUUCCGUUAUCUGCUGCUGCUGCUGCCGCCCUUGCACCGGCCACCUGGGAUUCUUCUUCCGAAUCUGAAGAGUGGGAAUGUUUAGAGGAUAAUAAUAAUAAUAAUAAAAAUAAUGGUAUUUUAUUUGAUGAUUAUAUUCUGGGUCCUGUUCCAUCAACUGACGAAGUUCAUCAUGCAGUUUCUGCUCUUCAUCAAUGACUACAUUACAAGUGAGACCCUACAUCUGCUGGUGCGAACCGGUAAUAGAAAUCUAGAAUGUCGAGACAUCAAUUUGGUUGAAAAAAAAUGUUUGAUGAACUUGGCCGUGACAGUAAAUUGGGUAUCAGGAAGUAAGAAGUUCUGUUACUUCCCAAUAGCAAGCAGCAAGCCUUUGGUUGUCAUCCUCCCAAAUCUAUGCAAGUGUCAUUGUUUGGUCCUUGAACCAACCUAUUUUGCAUAUUCUACCAACGACGGUCUUGGUUACAAAUCAAAUGAGGAUACAUCAAAUGAACUCACUAGUUCAAUUAACCUGACGCAUGAAGUACUCUCUUCCAGUGGAUCUGUGUCUGAUUGGAUUGAACCGUCUAUUCAUAUCUGUAAUUCGAAACUGUUACAGUCAUAUGGAUCUAACCGAGUUUAUGAUGCUUUCUAUUUGCUGCAGACUGAACCUUCUAUUCAGAAAAUGGUCAUUUCACUAUCAUCUGACAAGGCUGUUUGGGAUGCUGUUCUGAACAAUGAGGCAGUUCGAGAAAUCAGAGACUCGCUGAAACAAGUUGAUGCAGCUGAUAAUGGCUUACAAGCUGGAAAUUCUGAGGAGGGUCUCGACAAGUCUGAUUCAGAUGGGACUGUAGACAUAAUCGGUUGGAUUAUUUUGAACACCAAGGAAAAAGUGUUGGAAAUAGUUGAGAAGAUCAUAGAUUUUGUGAAUGAGUGGUUUCAGCCUCCAGAGGAAGAGAAAACAUCAAAUGGGGAUACUGAUCCAUUUGAGGAAAAACUGAGAACUUCCUUCUUCCUUUCCAUCGUAGUUCUGCUUGUUGUUGUUGUUGCUCGAGCACAAUGUGCGUAGACAACAUAAUUCGACGAAAUUACAGUUGGUAGUCCCCUUUCUCUAGAGUGGGGAGUGGCAGUUUACUGUCUGACAGUAUAUGAAGCAAGAAACCUAUUCAGAAUUUUCUUGCGUACAGAAUAAAAACAUUAGCCCAGAAUUUUCCUUUGCUUUUGUGGUUUUCAAUGAUCUCUUCAAUUUUACUGUUCUGAGGUAGUUAAUGAGUGGCAACUCAACAUAAUCUAAAUGUCCCUUCUUAAUAUGAACUGAGUCUCUGAUGUGA